AUGUGCUCUACAAACCACACAAACUGGGUGACUUUUGAAGAUGACACUGCACCAUUCUCCUCGCCACAGAAGCCUCAGACACCAGGCCUCCUCAUUGCUUCAGUUCCGCGUCCUAAUGGACUCAAACUACGACUUCCUCCUGUCAGAGACACAUCCUGGAGCUUUCACAGCUCGCUGGACUCUCCUCAGUCCAGCCUCAGCAGCUCUUUUGCACCGUGUAUCACUCCUCUUUGCACUCCAGUGAGCGGGCUUCCCAACAGUUUGUCCCCGUUUCACUCCAGCUCAUGGGAAAGCAAGGACGUAUUUUCCUUCAGUCCAUCCACUGCCUUGGUGUCCUCCCCGAGUUCUGAGGCUCAGAGUUCAGCUGGGUCAAAUCCUUUCCCCUCUUACCAGGGAAACUCAGGACACUAUAACCCAUUUUGGCAUGCGUCCCGACACAGCGCAGAUGUGGACAGCUCCUCUUCAGACUCGGACACAGACAAUACUCUCCCACGUUUUUUUAUCAGGACCAAAGAUGGCAGCGAGCCCCCACGGGACCACCUGCAGAACUCUCUCUCCUACGUCUGUCACAAACUAGAAGGCCUGAAGGCAAAGGCCGACCAAGACGAGGAGCGGGGAAAUGGGGAGCGGCGAUUGAGCUGCAGAGAUGAAGUUGUAACGGACGGUUCAUCUACGUUUGUCCCUCGAGGUUUGUUUCGGAGCCAGAAGAGAGAUGGUUGGUCUGUAAUGCUCAGGAUACCAGAGAAGAAGAACCGCAUGUCUUCGCGGCAGUGGGGGCCCAUCUAUAUGAAACUGCUGCCCGGAGCCGUGCUGCAGAUGUACUAUGAAAAAGGACUGGAGAAACCCUACAAAGAGUUCCAGCUCCUCCCUCAGUGCCGGCUGUCGGAGCUCAAGUUAGAAAGCUACGGAGAACCUCGUAAAGUGCUGACAGUGAAGGUGGAGCAUUUCUCGUACACAGAGAAGAAGCGCUUUCAUCCCAAACAGGAGGUCAGCCAUGAGGCCGAGGUGGAGCAGCUGCUCAAAUUGGGGUCCACCUCACAUGACGACAUGGAGGACCUGGUGGUCUCUAUGGAGGAAGAGAUUUUCCAGCUCAGUCCGGCCCACCAGCCCAGGAGGCACUACGAGGAGCAGGAGCUGUCCCUGCAGAUUACAGACCACAUCUGGAUACAACUGGACAAGUCUGGAGAGGUCAUGGAAAGAGCAGCUUUCUCUCAGAUCCACUGCCUUGCUUUUCUGAACGGAUUAUCAGAAUGUUUUCUGGCUCUGAACGACCUGGUGUUGCAGCAGCAUAACCCCAGCUACGAAUCAGAUGAGGCUAGUGAAAUCUGGAUGGAGAUUGCUGACUGUCAUUUUCAUAAAUGUGUGAAUGAGACAGAAUUUCACAUGUCCCGAUUGAUUAAAUUCAGCCCUCCUGAUGCAUGCAGAGUGGAGCUGAUGCGAUUUAAGACCAUGGCUCUGGGCUGCACUGAAGCGCCUUUCUCUGUGAAGGCUGUAGUUACGGUGCAGGGGGCCUAUGUGGAGCUGCAGGCCUUUCUCAACAUGUCCCCAGCCUUCCUGAGGUCAGACAGCUUCCCCCUGUGUGAGAACGUGCUGAUCCGGGUCCCAGUGCCUGGAGACUGGGUCAAAGUCUCCCAGACUGUGGCCUUACUGAGGCAGAGGUCCCUAAAGGCCCGCAUGAACAGAAACACCUGUUUAGCUGCAGGGACGACAAACUCUCAGCCUGUCAUGCAGGUGUCCAUUGGAACCGUCAAAUAUGAGAAUGUAUAUUCUGCAGUUGUCUGGAGGAUCGACAGACUACCAGCUAAAAAUACAGCAGUGGACCAACCACACUCAUUCUCCUGUAAGCUGGAGCUGGGCUCUGAUCAGGAGAUCCCUAAUGACUGGUACCCUUUUGUCUCCAUGGAAUGUGAAAUUAUGGGGGCCGUAGUGUCUCAGACCAGGGUCAAAUCUCUGGGCACUGCCAACGACAUCCAGCCUCAGAAACACAUCACCAGCUGGACUCGCUACCACGUCCAAGUGGAGGUGGAGAGGAAGUGGAUUGAAACGGAGUCGGAGAGAGAGUCUGGCUGCAUGACACAGUGA